AUGGCUGGCGACUUUGUCGAUCUGACCGCGGACGACGACUUGGACAGUCGCCCGGUGUUGCGCACACGCCCAGGAUCUUCCCAUCUGCGCACUCAAGAUAAAGAACCCACACAUGCACAUCAAGGAUCGUCCACCAAGGACCCAAUCCUGCUAGACGAAGAUGAUGAAGUCGUUGUCAGCGACCUCAUCCUGAGCCAAAAGCCAAACACCCACACAGUCAAUCUGAGCACCCGAAACGACUCAUCACAGGCAACAGCUCAUCGGGAAUAUGAAGGCACGAUGGCCAACCGUACAGAGAGCGCAGGCAGACCGAGUGAUAACGCCAGACCUUCCAGGAGAGCAACGACUCCGCCUCCAGCACCAGCCAGACUCAACCUCACCCCACCAGAUUAUGGCGAGAUUAUCCUGGGACCAGGCGAUCCUCCACCACUCUACCCCAACCUAUCCAACUUUGGUGGACCUGUCCUUGUCCGUGACGGGAGUGACGGUAGACUUCCAGUCUGGAUAGCUUACCAACCAAUACCACAAUCAUGUUCACCUCCCCCACUGGCAGGCGACAUAAUAAUAUCCGAUUCGGAAUCGAUCACUCCGACAACAGCAGACGACGAAUCCUCUGAGAGAGAUAUGAUGGAGGGUAUGGAUUCUGAUGAGGCAGAGGAGCUCAGAGCCGCCAUAGCCUUGUCCUUGCAAGAAUCAUCUCGACCAACCAAGGCAAUGCCCACCACGAUUCCAAGCAGCACCAUAAGAAUUAGCCCAAGCCCACCUCGCCGAGAAGAUGAAGCCAAGCAGAAGAAGAAGCAAAAGCGAGACGAGCUGCUUUUGAAGAUGCGUGCUCAGCGUGUCUUGGAGGAUUCGAUUCAUGAGGGAAAUGAACAUUCCAAACAAGUCAGCUCGACCGUAGCGGAAGCGGACAGCGAGCGAGCGGUGUCACAUUUACCGGUGGCAAUUCGCACACAGAAAGCACCGGCAUCAGCAUCUACCUCAUCUGGCCCCACAGCGUUUAAUCUCUUGACACUAAACCGGCAGGCAAUGGAGGCUGAACGCUUGCAGCGACUGAAGCGAAAGCACGAAGAGGCUGAGCCGAACUCGACAUCGUCGGAUGAUAUGAGAGGACGAGUGCUUGCCAGGCGUGAACGAGAACAGUCUAAGACGAUUAGUCUGUCUCCUCCACCACUGAAGCGAGGAAGACUCAAUGAUGGGGGUUCUCUGCUACACGGUCGUUCAACUGACAACAAGAAGCCUCAAGCAAGAGAGAUAUCCCGGUCACAGCCACGCGAAUCUGCUCAACAAAUGGACACAAGAGCAGCAUCAGCACCUGCUAUGAAGUCACUACCUUCUCAGGUCAAACCUCACACCGCAGUCGAGUCACGACGAGCAGCCACAAUCACAUCACCCAACGCCAAAUAUUUCCCUGCAGGCAAGGUAUUCCAGACCUUCGUGGAAGGGUUCCCGACGACGAACACGAUAUCAUUUCCACAACUGAUCGGUCCUAAAGACUCUUUGACCAGCUGCCUGCUCUCGAGCUUCAUCUGGGACUUCGACUGGCUGCUGCCGCACUUCGCGACCGCAAAGACCAAGUUCCAAUUCGUGAUGCACGCCAAAUGGCCGGGCCAGCGAGACGCGCUACGUGAGGACUUUGGGAACAUCAAUAAUGUGCGACUGUGCUUCCCACCUAUGGAUUCCAUCAUCAACUGCAUGCACAGCAAGCUGAUGCUCCUGUUCUACGACGCCAAUCCCAUGGAAAUGGCGAUGGCGAUGAGCAUGCCGGCUUCUUCUGUUGGUGGGACGCCGCCGGACGGACUAAAGGGCGACACCGUGAGCUGGGAGCAAGGGCCUCGGUGUCGAAUCGUGGUGCCGACUGCAAACUUGACUGGCAGUGACUGGGGUGUCGGCGGUGUCAUGGAAAACACGGUCUUUCUCAUCGACCUACCGGUGAAGCGAGACACAUGUUCUGCUGCGGCGACCGCGGCUGGAACACAUCAGAAGACUGCAUUCCAAAAAUCUCUCGUCACAUUUCUGCAAGCACAGACGGUGCCAGAGGAUGUCAUCUCCAAGCUCGAGAACUUUGACUUCCGCAGUACUGCACAGUAUGGCUUCGUUCACACUAUCGGGGGCAUGCACGGAGGUGAGCGCUGGGACGCGACUGGCUAUUGUGGCCUGGGCCGCGCGGUGUCACAAAUGGGCCUGGUCAGUCGCGACAACAACAACAAUGAGCCCGAAGUCAACUUCGUGUCAUCAUCGGUGGGCAGUCUAAACGACGGGUUUCUCAGUGCCAUGUAUUUGGCCGUGCAGGGUGACAGUGGUUUGGCAGAGUAUCGACAUCGCACCGGCACUACGGCUAGAGCGUCGAACGCUCGACACGGGUCCCUCCAGAAGCAAGACGCCUCUCUCCGCGCCUCUGGAUCGACACCUGCGGCAGCGUCAACAUCGAUGUCACUGACACGAACAUGGCGUGAAAACUUUCAAUUCACCUUCCCCAGUGACGAUACAGUCAAAGCAUCAAUCGGUGGACCGGCGGCCGCAGGGACAGUGUGCUUUUCUGACAAGUACUGGCAGAAUGCAAAAUUCCCAAGGCAAAAUAUGCGAGAUUGCGUCUCUGUUCGGCGUGGCUGUCUGAUGCACAAUAAGCUCAUGUUCGUCAAAUAUCCAGCCCCUCUGGUCAAACAAGGAACGAGCAAAGCCUACAUUGGAUGGGUGUAUGUUGGAAGUGCAAAUCUAUCAGAAAGUGCCUGGGGUCGACUUGUUCAGGACAAGACGACCAAGUCUCCUAAGUUGAACUGUCGCAACUGGGAAUGUGGGGUCAUUGUACCUGUCGAAAAAGAAGAGUCUCCAGGUCAGGAUAUGAAGUCAUCCGUCAUGGAGAGCGAUAAUGAUGAUGGUGGUGGUGAAGUCGACCAUGGCAUCCUCGCGUUGGGUAGGGUCGUCCCAGUCCCAAUGAAGUACCCAUGCGAAAGUUUCGAGGGAAAGAAGCCGUGGCUAUUCUCGGAAGACAUUACGCGGUGGACAGAUGUAGCGUAG